AUGGCGUUUUGGCACACCUUGAAGCUGAUAACUGUUAUUGAUAGGACCUCUGAAUUGCGUAUAUGGUGCCUGGCUACAGCGAUUCAUGACAUUGACAUGUGCGUAACAUUCAGUAGUAAGAGUUGCUUGCUUUGUUGGCUUGAUUCACGCCAUGCUUUUCUGGAUAAGAUUCUUGUUGGACAGGGUGAUCUUCAGAAUUGUGGUCAACCUUUAAAAGCAAGGUCCACCACAUGUGCCAGGGUUUGA